CUCUUUCCUCCUAUAGCACAGACAUCAUAUUCAACCAUCAGCGCACCUCUAAACGCAUCCGCUACAACUCUGCCUUAUUAUGCAGUAUAUGAACAUGCAGGUUAGCAACAUGCAUCAGCUUGACAAGAUCAUCUUUAUAUAAUUAUCAUGUCGAAGUUGUAGAGCACCGUUCGAAAGGUAAAAGAAAACAUUUGCCAAUGUCUUAUCAUCGUAACGUUAUAGCCUAUACUAAGGGUUUGAGCUUUUGAUUUGUACCUAUAAAAUAUUAUACAAAAUGUCAAGACUUUGGAUCGAAGUAAACUGAUUCAUCCAAACAAGAGGAAAAGGCAUCAGAAGAAUAUGGGAUACAAGAUCCCAGGGGCUGCCAUGGAUCGUGUUAGUGUACUUUGGCGGUUGAGGCGUCGUGCCCAUCGAGGGGCACUGUGCAUGGCACUGUUCUGUAUGACUAUGGCUCUCCUAUACACAUUUUGUGCUGAAAACAGCAUACCAGUAACAGAUGCCAUUUUCGGGGUGAAGGCAAGAACUCGAGCUCAACCAAGAGCUCAUGCUAAUGUUAAGGUUUUGCGUGGAACAGGAGGAUCGAAACCCAUUUAUACUGACCCUCAAAAGCUCCCAGGUGUCAUUCCUGGAGAUCCUCAAAAACCUAUUCCUAUCCUGUCCUCUGUCAACUACUCUAUGGAGAGCACUUAUAAAGACCACAGCCUCAGGGGCAAAAGAAAAGAGCAUGGGCUAUUUUACUGGCUUCUGGCCCACCCACUGAGAUGUGCUCUGGAGACUAUUUUUGGAGGCCGAAGGAGAGGAGAUGCGGGUGCUGCAAGUGGUGACGCUGUUGUUUUCGGGCCUAAUGGAGCACUCGGAGAGGUCUGGAAUGAUGAGAUGUCGAGCACCAUGCUAGGAAAAAGGCUGAGAAAGGUGGUACAGAACUAUCAGGCAAUGAAUAAAUAUGGGGUUCGGUACCCUGGAACUGAGGGUGCAGCACAUCGGUCUAAACUCAGUGGCCCUGAACUGUUGUGUCAGAUAAAGGAGAUGGUGCAGAUUGCAACUAUCACACCAGACAUGGAGCCAUUUGCUGGGUUGCCCUGGGCCACUAAAUUACCAUCACGGCCACUGACCUCUGAUAUUGGCCCAUUCCAAACAUGUGCAGUGGUAUCAUCUGCAGGUUCUCUCAAAAAUUCUGGAUUAGGGAAGGAAAUAGAUGUUCAUGAUGCAGUGAUACGGUUCAAUGCUGCACCGACUGCAGGAUUUGAAAAAGAUGUGGGCUCCAAAACGACAGUGCGUCUGAUCAAUUCCCAGGUAAUGGCAUCAGAAGAACACCAUUUCCUCUCCAGUUCUUUGUACAGUACAGGAAUUUUAGUGGGCUGGGAUCCUGCCCCCUACUCCUCUGAUCUACGUGAGUGGUACAACAAGACAGAUUAUCCAAUAUUCAAACAGUAUCAGCGAUAUAGACGAUUACACCAUCAACAGCCAUUUUAUAUUCUGCAUCCACAAAUGGAAUGGCAACUGUGGCAGCGAAUACAAGACAAUAUGGCUGAGCCUAUACAGAAAAACCCACCCUCAUCAGGCCUUUUGGGCACAGUUCUAAUGAUGUCCCUGUGUGAUGUGGUACAUGUGUACGAAUUCCUGCCUUCACGACGGAAAACCGAGCUAUGCCACUACUACCAGCGCUUCAGUGAUGCUGCCUGCACCCUAGGAGCCUACCACCCAUUAAUGUAUGAGAAGAACCUGGUAAAGAGGAUGAACCAGGGCUCUGACCAUGACAUUUAUACACAUGGCAGGGUCACGCUCCCUGGGUUCACGACAAUUAACUGCACUCAUAGCUCUACUUACAAGACUCUGUCAAACACAAUCUGAGGGUACCAAUCUAUCUUUUUGUACAUUUUCAGAAUGUAACAGUAAAGUGGCUGCAUGAUUCAUUCUACAAAUGCAACAAGUAUCCCAUUUGGUCUUUGAACCAGGAGUCAAUUCACUGAAGCCACCUAGCUGAUAGCCAUUAGCAGGUUGCACAAACUACAGAUGUAAAAAAAAAAAUGCAGUGGCAUUUCACACAAGACAAAUGUACAAACACUGAAUCUAUGAUUUAAGAUAUUUCCUCAUUCUAAGACAAAAUAUGUCUCUAUAUUUUAAAGUAGCUCAAUAAUCUCCAUCCAUACAAGUGUAGCAAGCAAAGCUUAUGUCCAAAACCCCCCCCGCCCUCGCCACUUCCAUAAUGUAUAGGCUUUUAAUGUAUGCAACUGCAAUCCUGACAACACAUUAUACAAUACACAAAACUGUUUCCAAAACCAUUUUCCAACAGUAGCUGGGUUUCCAUCCACGUAUUUAUAUGCACAUUUUGGGAUAUUACAUAAAAACUGCUGGUUGGAAACACCAAGAUUCAAUUAAAAUCUCCAAAAUGUGCAUAAAAAAAUUAUACGCUCACUUGAGGUGGAUAAAUGUUUCAUUCGAAAAGAACAAAAAUUGCAAACAAUAUGAUGGAAACACAUUUAAUGAAUAAACUCCUUUUGAAAUGAUUAGGAAUGCAAGAUGUGCAUCAAAAAAAGUAAUGUGACUGAAUAACUCGUUCAUAACUGGACUAACCAGCGGAUCAAACUUCGCAUCUGAAAUGUUGCUCUGGUCAUCCUGAAAUAACAGUGUCCUGAAAAUACAAAGCCUGAAUAGAGCAAACAAGUCUUGAACAAACUUGAACUGUGCCGAAGAGCAGGUUCGCAUACACAUAAUGCUCCUAGAAAUGUAUGAUGUGCUGUCGCUCCCAGACAUAAGACAAAGUUUGUUACAGUAUUUUGUCUGCCUGCUCUAAACCGCGAGUAUUUUAUUAAUAAGAGUUACAGUGCCUACAAUUUAUCCGGGAGUGAUGAUUUUGUUCUUUUGAACACAUGGGAUGGAAAUGUGGCUUUAUUCGCACAUUGUUUUUUUGCGACAUUAUGGUUUUUCACAUAAAUUAAAUUAGCAACUUGGAUGGAAACAUAGCUAAUGACACCUUUACACACCUCACACCCUUAGCAUACUAAUGCUUUAAAUCAAUGUCUUUAAAGAAAACUAUAUUGCAAGGCCUAAAGAUCUGUAUGCAUUCAUUACACUGUGACAUGCUUUCUAUCAUAGCACUCUUUAAGUCGUACAGUUUUUGGCGAAUAUCCUUGCAUGCUUAACUGAAAUUGCCCUACGUCAUACACUAUAUUGCCAAAAGUAUUCGCUCACCCAUUCAAAUAAUUGAAUUCAGGUGUUCCAAUCACGUCCAUGGCCACAGGUGUAUAAAAUGAAGCACCUAGGCAUGCAGACUGCUUCUACAAACAUUUGUGAAAGAAUGGGCCGCUCUCAGGAGCUCAGUGAAUUCCAGCGUGGUACUGUGAUAGGAUGCCACCUGUGCAACAAGUCCAGUCGUGAAAUUUCCUCGCUACUAAAUAUUCCACAGUCAACUGUCAGUGGUAUUAUAACAAAGUGGAAGCGAUUGGGAAUGACAGCAACUCAGCUACGAAGUGGUAGGCCACGUAAAAUGACAGAGCGGGGUCAGCGGAUGCUGAGGUCGCCAACUUUCUGCAGAGUCAAUCGCUACAGACCUCCAAAGUUCAUAUGGCCUUGAGAUUAGCUCAAGAACAGUGCAUAGAGAGCUUCAUGGAAUGGGUUUCCAUGGCUGAGCAGCUGCAUCCAAGCCAUACAUCACCAAGUGCAAUGCAAAGUGUCGGAUGCAGUGGUGUAAAGCACGCCGCCACUGGACUCUAGAGCAGCGGAGACGCGUUCUCUGGAGUGACGAAUCACACUUCUCCAUCUGGCAAUCUGAUGGACGAGUCUGGGUUUGGUGGUUGCCAGGAGAACGGUACUUGUCUGACUGCAUUGUGCCAACUGUGAAGUUUGGUGGAGGGGGGAUUAUGGUGUGGGGUUGUUUUUCAGGAGCUGGGCUUGGCCCCUUAGUUCCAGUGAAAGGAACUCUGAAUGCUUCAGCAUACCAAGAGAUUUUGGACAAUUCCAUGCUCCCAACUUUGUGGGAACGGUUUGGGGAUGGCCCCUUCCUGUUCCAACAUGGCUGCGCACCAGUGCACAAAGCAAGGUCCAUAAAGACAUGGAUGAGCGAGUUUGGUGUGGAAGAACUUGACUGGCCUGCACAGAGUCCUGACAUCAACCCGAUAGAGCACGUUUGGGAUGAAUUAGAGUGAAGACUGCGAGCCAGGCCGUCCAACAUCAGUGUCUGACCUCACAAAUGUGCUUCUGGAAGAAUGGUCAAAAAUUCCCAUAAACACACUCCUAAACCUUGUGGAAAAUCUUCCCAGAACAGUUGAAGCUGUUAUUGCUGCAAAGGGUGGGCCGACGUCAUAUUAAACCCUAUGGAUUAAGAAUGGGAUGUCACUUAAGUUCAUAUGUGUCUAAAGGCAGAUGAGCGAAUACUUUUGGCAAUACAGUGUAUUUUUGGUAAACUUUAUACCUAUGGUAUUUAUGUUAUAUUUAGGGACUUCAUGAGAAGAAAGUUCAUAAUGGAUAAGGAAUGUCUGUCCUGUUUUAUUCAAAUUUUAAAAUCUUCAAUUAAAAUUAAUUUUAAUUUUAAGGAAUAUUUUGGGUUCAAUCCAAGUUAAGCUCAACGGACAGCAUAUGUGGCAUAAUGUUGACUUUCACAAAAUUGUAUUUUCUUAAAAAACAAAAAUCUGGGUUACAGUGAAGCACUUAAAAAUGAAGUGAAUAGGGCCAAUCCAUAAACAAUAAAGUACUCACUGUUUAAAAAGUUAAGCAACAAGAUGUAAACAAUAUGUGUUAACAUGAUUUUAGUGUGAUAAAAUCCCUUAUUAAAUCCCUUAUACCGCCCCCCCAAUAAAUAAUUUUUUGAGGUAAUCAACAUUACCUCAAAAAUGCUGUCGAUUUCUUUUUUGUGAUUAAAAAGUUUUGAUUUAAUACACAUAAAAAAUACAUUAAAAAAAAACAACAUACAACAAACCAUUAACCAAUAACAAAGGGGGAGGGGGACAAAUAAAUGCCAGCAUGAAAGAGCAAUGUAACAUAAAAGUAGAACACAAAUGCUGUCGACUGAGCUUAACCUGUAUUGAACCCAGAAUAUUACUUUAAGCCUUUAAAACACGAAAGCGUACAUACGUUUGCAUUUUGAAGAGCAAACUCUGUAAUCUGCAAAUUGUGUAUUUUUUAUUUCUUAUGUAAAAGAUAGUGUGUUGAUUCUAGAGGACAUGCAUACAUGUAUACUGUCUCUAUUUACUCAAGUACACAGAUAUGUAAAUAUGUGUAUAUAGAUUAUUGCUUCAAGCAAAGAUAUCAUUAGAAAUUCCUGAAUGAAGAAUAUUCAAAUUCUUAUUUUCAGAGACAGACUUUCUAGGUAAAGAACAUGCUUUUUAAAUUAACAGAGAAGGGCCUUAAAUUACAAUUACAAUGUGAAAUUAUGCUUUUUUUUUUGUUUUUAUUCAAAUCUGAUAUUACUACACAUGCUCAUAAUUAUUUUCUGAUGGAGAUUUAUCUUGAUAUUUAAUUUGUAGCAUUCUGCAGAUUACUAUUAUUAUGUCAAAAAAUGAAACCAGCCAGUGGAACUGUGUUCUCGGAUUACAAAUAAUGAUGUUAAUUUAUAACAUCAUGCUGUUGUCUGAAGACUGCACUUUCUAAAAUAAUUCAAUAGAUUAUGUCAAGCCUUGCGUGGGUAAACCAAUCUAAAUCAAAUGAACUAAUCUGGACUAUGCACUAUAUGGACAGCUGGCAGAUGUACUGUAUAUACCUUUUAUUUGUAUCUGAUACCUUUCUCUUUGUUUAUGAAAGUAUAUAUAUAUAUAUAUAUAUAUAUAUAUAUAUAUAUAUAUAUAUAUUAGGGUUGCAAUGGUAUGAGAUUUUCACAGUACGAUAACCGUCUCAGAAAAUAUCAUGGUUUCACGGUAUUACACAAUUAUUAUUAUCAGUUACAAUGACCCUUAAAGGAAGGGGGUUUGUUUGGUUGAACAAAUGCUUUAUUAUAAUUUAAACUUGAAACCAUUAUUUUUAAUGGAAGUAUGUGUAAAAAAAGCCUCCCUUUUGAAAAUAAUUAAAAUAGAAUAAAUAAGAAAGCUAACAGAAUUAUAAUAAUAAACCAAAUUAUAAACAUGAUAAAAAAAAUAGUAUGUAACUACAACAUGUUAUAUAACUAAAGCAUGUUAGUUUACAUGUUAGCAUAGCAUGUUAAAUUAACUACUAAAUGAAAAAUAACAUCAGCAGAGUGAGCUUUUAAAGUAAUGUCCUAUGAUUAUUAAUAAUUAACAUAUACUGUAGGUGCGCAACAGCGCAGCCAGACUGCUCCUGUCUGGACCUUUAACUCAGUGGUUCUCAACUGGUUUUGCUUCAGGCCCCAGAUUUUACAUUGGAAAUCAAGUGGUGACCCACCAUAGUAACCUGUAUUUAAUGUAUCCUGGGUCGCAUUUCCUUUUAUGUUGCAUAGUUUUGUUCAUGGUUUUCAAGUACAAGGGCAUGCAUCAAGUGACAUUAUUUUACAAAAGCGACAGGAAGUUUCCUCUCCCCCAUUUAAAAAAUUGAAGAGCAUAUUUACUUAUAUGAGCCCAUUAUUAUCCCGUUUGUUUCCUAAUUUCAAACAUAAUUCAAAUAGAACAUACAGGUGCAUCUCAAUAAAUUAGAAUGUCGUGGAAAA